AAGCUUCUAUUUUUUUGUUUGUUUGCUUGGUAAUGUCGUACAGGUCGCAUGCGAUGCUGCCUCAAACAGAGGCAUCGCUUCAACACAUUCUCCAUCACCGUGCACAAUACUUACAAGACCGCCUUCAACGCCAUCUCCCGCGAAAGCCAUUCGUGGUUGGCGUGUCUGGCUGUCAAGGAAGUGGAAAGACGACACUUUGCACUACACUGGAAUACCUCUUGAAAGAUGUGCCCUAUGGACUCAACGUUGUGUCCUUUUCGCUGGACGACGUGUACCUGGAUCACAAUCAGCAGCAGAGACGCGCAAAAAGCGAUCCUGACAAUCGACUAGUUCAAUUUCGUGGUCAGCCUGGAUCCCACGACCUCGACUUGGCGUGUGAGACCUUUGAGACUCUUCUGGAAGACAGCCGCCCGUGCCCGAUACCUGCUUACGACAAGAGCGUAUUUGGAGGUCUGGGAGACCGAAUUGAUCCCACUCUUUGGCAAACCACACAGCCGCCUGUGGACAUUAUUCUGUUUGAAGGAUGGUGUCUCGGAUUCAAAUCAUUGCCGGUAGAGGAAGUGUGUGAGCAGUACAGAAAAGCAAAAGAAGAUGGUGCUUCCUGGACCGCUCAUCCGCUGCAGCACAUUCUUGGUCUCAAUGAAAGUCUGGCGGCUUACGAGAACACUAUCUACAAUUAUUUCGAUAUCUUUAUUCAUCUCUCGCCUGAUGACCUACGGAAUGUUUACCAAUGGCGAUUGGAGCAAGAGCACGAUUCCAUUCGUACUCGAGGUGUUGGUGGACUAAACGAUGAGGCUGUGUACACCUUUGUAGACACCUAUAUGCCCGCAUACAGCUUGUAUCUUCCUCGUCUGGACUCCAUUGGUUUUUAUGGAUUUACCAACACUGUCCACCCAUACGAAGGUAGGGUCCGUGCCGACCAUGGUUACAGUGGAACGCAGCGACAUCUCAGAUUGUUGCUCGAUCAUGAUCGUCGAGUGAUUGGACAAACAUUGAUAAAGGAACACGAUCCACAGCAACCUCUGAUUUGGGCUGAUUAUAGUCGGCCAUUGCUUUUUUUGGUGGGGAUGGUAGGAAUGGCAGGACUGAUGAGAUACUCAUGUCUAGGACGAGUAUUGGACAUUGCUAAAAAGGCUGGUCGUCGGUUUCGAACAGGUGGGAUGACUCAGUCUUUGUCUCAAACGACGACCCUCCUGGAGAUCUUCUUCUGCUUGUCUUCUGAUACGUCCAAUCCGAAUGACGCGGGUGAACCUUACAGGUAUAGUCCCAUCAUAUCUCAGAUUGUUAAGUAUAUGUCGGAAGUUCAGGACAGCAGCAAGGUCCCGAUUCCACAAACGAUGCAUAACUUCUGA